GCUGUCUCACUUUGUCGGGCUUGACACUCGGGCGCUCCGCUGUUGCGCCAGCCGGCUUCUCCCUUGUCCUGCAAGCCUACUGUCUCUGACAUUACUCUGAAUUACAUGUUUCUUCGUGUUGUUCCUGUGACGUGGGGAGGAGGGGGGGGGGGAGGGUUGGUAUCAGAAGAGCAUAUUGCGCAGUUUUUACGCAAGGUUGAUAUGCGAAGGAAAACAAAGACCCACUUCGUGGAUGGUCGUGAGCGUCCAUCGCAGGCCCUGUAACGUUACCAUCUGAUCACCGGAGCCAGUUCCUCAUGUCAAAAUGGGCCGGUGAAAUGUAGCUUCCGAUCACAGAGGGAUUCUCAGCGAUAAGGUCAAGCCUUGUCUUUUGAAAAAAUGAAAAUCUGGAGCACGGAACACGUUUUCAGUUACCCAUGGGAGACGGUGAUCAAGGCUGCCAUGAGGAAGUACCCAAACCCCAUGAACACUAAUGUGGUCGGGGUGGACGUUCUGGACCGCAGCCUGGACACACAGGGACGCCUGCACAGCCACAGACUCCUCAGCACAGAGUGGGGCCUCCCGGGCAUUGUGCGAGCGAUACUGGGAACUAACCAUACGCAGACGUAUGUGAAGGAACACUCCAUAGUGGACCCAGAGGAGAAAAAGAUGGAGCUGUGCUCUACAAAUAUUACUCUCACCAACCUGAUUUCAGUGGAUGAGAGGCUUCUUUACAGACCGCACCCAGACAACCCUGAGGUCACCGUCCUGACCCAGGAGGCCAUCAUCACAGUCAAGGGAGUGAGUCUAAGCAGUUACCUGGAGGGGAUGAUGGCUAGGAGAAUGUCGGCUAACGCCAGGAAGGGUUGGGAUGCUAUUGAGUGGAUUAUUCAGAACUCUGAAAGAGAGAACAUACCUCUGUGACAUUUCCUAAAUCUGGACUGCAGUUCCACAGCGACAACUGCUUUCCCCGCUACACCUCAUGCACCACCGGGGGAUUCUCAGUGUCUCGGAUCCUCUGCAGUUGGUACUUAUAUCGCCAUGUCCUGGAAGAUCAGACAGACAGUGAAAUGUUGCCAAAGCUGAAAGGUUAUAGAGUUGGAUUUAAGGGAAGUGGGUCCAAGUCUAGCAGUUGUGGCUUGAUGCUAACUCAGUACUUUAAAACAAGUGAGCAGCUAUUCUAAUGGAGGCAAGUGAGGUGAAAAGGACAUUUUUCCCUCCACGUGUUAAACAAGCUGUACUGCUAAAUCAACUGAAGGUCUAAAAUUCAUGGGUGCUGCUGUCAACAUCAUGAGACUUCACUUCGAAUAUAAUAUCACUACCCCAACUUUCCGUUGAUCUCAUGAUUAUAUCUUAGCAUACUGUGGAAGAGAUGCAGAGGAGGAAGAUAGCAGGAGGUACACACAUUCUUAGACAGCAAGGUAUGGCGACUAGAAGAAAUUCAAACACUGGAGAGUCCUAUUACAGGAGUUUACAUGUUUAACUGGGGCUUAUGUGUUUCAAAAGGCACAAACUGUAGAUGAUAUGUUUGCAUGAUUGUCGUAAAAAAAAAUAUGGGGGGAGGAGGGUUAUAUAACAAAAAUCUGUAGUAGCGGGCUAUACAUUUGCUAAUGCUGCUUUAGAUGCUUUAAAUGAUAUUGUUUAUGUCAGAAAAAAUAAUGGGAAUGUACCGCUGACAUUGCCUUCUUUUUCUGCUGUCAAGGCAACAGUACAGGGGCUACUUUUUGAUGUACACAUUCUGGGUAUUACUGCCUUAAACCAGCAGAUUUGUAACUUUAACCCUCUGAGGACCAAAAGACGCACCGGCGCGGCCAAACGAUGUUUGACAAAACUUCUUUUCGAAAAGCGAUGUUGCAAAAUUUCAUUUCAGACAUUUCUUUACUAUUUUCAUCCCAUAUAACCUAAGUUAUAAUCAUUUCAAGCACUGAAACAACUUGUACAACACAUCAUAAGUUAAGGUUUUGAGGAGAUCAAAAACAUCAGCAGUCCAGCUUUAUCGCCAAAUCAUCUCUAUGUACAUUGCUCUAGAAAAAAUGUGGGCGUCAUAUAUACGGAAAGCUGAGUUUGUUCUAAACAUUUAGAUGUGAAACACAUGGGGAUCAGGUAUAUGCAAAAUACCUUGAAACUUAAGAAGAUAUGUGAAAAUGGUCCUUAGACUUCAGAGGGUUAUAGAGGAAGAUGCAUGUUUAGCUUUUGUGACCAGUAGAGU